AUGGAUGUCAAGUUUGCGCCUGCGAAGCGCGUCGCAGGGCAGAGGCAGGAUGUCUGGUCCAUCGUCAAUGAGGCCGCUGCUGCGUCGCCCAUGCAGCCGAUUGUGAACAUGGGCCAAGGGUUUUUUGGCUACAAUCCUCCCCAAUUCAUCAUUGACGCUGCGAAGAGUGCUCUUGACCGAGUAGAGUGCAAUCAAUAUUCUCCCACGAAGGGCAGGCCAAGGUUGAAAAAGGCGAUUGCCGAUGCAUACUCGCCUUAUUUCGGCAGAAAGUUGGAUCCAGAAACCGAAGUCACGAUCACAACGGGGGCCAAUGAAGGCAGGCAUCACGAACAAUUGAGGAUGGAUGAUCUCGCUGACAGAGGCCAGGCAUGUUGA